CAAGAAAGUCACCUCAGAAUUUGCAGCUGUGAAGAACACUUUUCUGAUUAUUUUCUAUAUAUCUUCAAAAAGAAAAUAAGUUAGCAGAUAUUUAAUCUUAAAUAACCAAGAGCUUUGCUGAACCUGAAUCCUGUAUUCAAUCAUUCAGAAGUCUGGGCCUCUUCUUCAGAUAAAGCAUGGCUAAUACAGGGGAUGAGACGCUGGAGAUGGCAGCUCUCGGACGACCCUUCCAGCUGGGAAUGCUCUAUGACUGCCGGAAGGAUCGCCUCAUUCCAGGAAUUACUUUGUGGAACCUAGAAGAACUAAAAGGCAGCAUAAAUAAAGAAAACCAGCCGAUAACCGAGUUCAGUGUGAGCACCUCGGACUCCAUUGAAGAGAAGGCUUCUGCUUUGAAAGUGGACGCUUCCCUGAAGGCGAGUCUCCUGGGGGAUUUGGUUCAAGUGAGUGGAGCUGCAAAGUACUUCAAGGACACAAAGAAAUCAACAAGACAAUCCCGAGUCACUCUGCAAUACUACACAACAUCACGAUUUGAGAAUCUGACCAUGAAUCACCUGGCCAAAGGGAAAGUGUCUCACACCAGCGUGUUUGAAGACAAGACAGCGACUCACGUGGUCACCGCUGUGCUGUACGGAGCUCAGGCGUAUUUUGUAUUCGACCGGCAGGUAUCCUCAGAGGAGAAGAAACAGGAAAUCCACGGAAAAAUGGAGCUUGCAAUAUGUAAAAUACCUAAAAUUAAAAUGGAAGGUCAAGGCUCUAUUGACCUGGAGGAAAAAGAAAAAGCUGAAGUUGAAAAAUUCGAAUGUACAUUUUAUGGAGAUUUUCAUCUCGAAUCUAACCCGUUGACUUACCAAGAUGCUGUGAAAGCAUACUCAACUCUUCCAAAAUUGCUCGGGGACAAAGGAGAGAAUGCAGUGCCUGUGAAGGUCUGGCUGUACCCGUUAAUCAAGCUGGACUCCAAGGCUGCCAAGCUGGAAAGGAACAUAAGUGAGUACUUGGUAACAUCUGCGCAAACUGUUUUAGAGCAAUUUAAUACAAUUGAAAUGCAAAGCAACGACAUGAUAAAAGACAUUGUUGCCCAAACGUUUCCUGAAGUCAAUGAGAAGAUUCAACAACUGAAACAAAGGGGCACGCUGUACAAGCUGAAUUUCAUGAGAAAACUGUCCGCCGUGCUGCCUUCCAUCCGCGGAGGUGAGCAAGAGGAAGAGUCGCUCGGAGAGAUUUUAAAAAAUCACGAAGAGUCCCCUUUUAACUUUAAAGCACAACAUGCUUGGCUGAACAGCAAAGAAAGAGAAAUCAAUGCAGUGAGACGUUGCCUUGCUAUUUUAAAAGACAUACAUGCUGUAUCUUCUGUGAAUGAGCUAGACGAGGAAGAAUUAAAUAAUGAGACUGAAAAUAUUGUUUGCUUUACAUUCACCUCACUGCACGAGCCAGAACCAUAUCUGGAAGAUCUAAAAAACUACCUUAAAACCCAAGCAAGUAAGAACACUCAAAGUUCAACUCCUAGAAAAUAUUUGCAUCAGGAGACCAAGCAAUGGGUGUGCAGCGAAACUAAACUGAAGAUAAGAAUGUAUUUGAAUGUAUUCCAGGAGUUAGUGAACAUCAACAGGAAGAAUAAGAAAACAAAGUUCUUCAUAGUGUCUAAGGAAGACCAGGAGUUUCCUGGAGCCUGCAUUCUCCUGUUUGAAAAUGGAGCAUCGAAAUACAUACAUUUCAAGAUCCCAGCAAAACCUGAUGUCCCUGAGGUCUGUGAUGUCACCCAUGACAGUGUGACUCUGAAGGUGGUGCCUCCCAGUAGUGAUGCUGAUCAGAAACUAAAAUACCAUCUGGAGUAUAAGUGCAUUAAUCAGAAGGAAUGGGCAAUUCAGUCCAGCACUAAUAAAACAGAGACCCUCACUGUAUCAGGCUUGCAGCCGAACACAGAGUAUGAAUUUAGAUACACAGUGGAAGGGAAGUUGGGGUAUUCUGUGAGCAGUGACACCACCAGCAAAGUCAAGACAACAAGUCCACCUGCAAAAGACACAGGUCAGUGGUUAGUUCCUUUUUUUAAAUGUCACAAAUAUCUUCUAUCAUCACCCUUCUCUAUAGUAAUCAUUGACAAGUUAGAGUCUUAUACCUUUUUUUAG